GUUUUACCGAUGGAAAACGUUUACAUUUGUUUGUAAACAAAUAUAUCCUAAUAUUUUAAAAUGAAAAAAAACAAAAACUACUUUCAAGUCGUAAAUUCUCAGUGAGAUAAUUGAUGAAAGUUGUUUCACGUAGUUUUUUUGAGACAAAUAAUGGCUGAAAGUGAAUAUUUCAAACAGCUACCAAAAGUUGAAUUACACGCCCACUUGAAUGGGUCUUUAACGGGAAAGACACUCGAAAAACUGGGGUGUUCAGAAAGUGCCAUUGCCGAGUAUGAAAAACUCACAAGAACAGCGCCAACAUCUAGGAGUCUACAAGAAUGCUUUGGUCUUUUCAGCCAAGCGUAUAAUGUGAUAAAAUCUCCUGAAUCAGUAUAUGUAGCAACUAGAAAUGUUAUUGAAGAUUUUGCUAAGGAUAAUGUAAUUUAUUUAGAGUUACGUACUACACCUAGAGCUAAUGUUGGCAUGACAAAGGAAGAUUACAUUGAAGCAGUUGUUAAAGCAAUAGUUAAUCAUGAAUACAGGAAUAAAAUAUUGGUGAAGUUAAUUCUGUCGCUAGAUAGGAGGCAUUCUAAAGAAGAAUCAGAAAAAGCUUUAGAGCUCAUUCUACGAAUGAGGGAAAAAUAUCCUUCUGUCAUAAAGGGCAUAGAUUUGUGCGGAAAUCCCGAAGAAGGUGACUUUCAUGAAACUAUAUUCGAGAAAGCAAAACAAUUUCUAGGUAUUACAAUACAUUGUGCUGAGGUGAAAAAUGAUUCAGAAGUUGAGAGAAUUCUGAUGUUCGGACCUAACCGAAUUGGGCACGGAACAUACCUACAUCCUGAACAUGGUGGAUCUCAGAAGAACUGGGAACUCUAUUUGGAGAAGAAAAUCCCAUUAGAAUGUUGCUUGACAUCAAAUAUAAUAUGUGGAACAACAAAAAGUUAUCAAGACCAUCAUGUUAGGCAUUGGUUGGAUCUUAAGCUGCCAUUUUCAAUUUGUACUGAUGACAAAGGUGUGUUCGGAACUACUCUCACCAAAGAAUAUACGCUUGUUCAACGGCAUUUUGAUAAAAUACCAGAAAAUCUUUGGAAAAUGACGUAUGAUUCAAUCUCUCAUUCUUUUGCUUCUGAAAGAGAGAAGCAAGACUUGCAGGAUCAGUUGAUCAGGUGGUUCAAUGUCUGUCAUCCAAAAAUUGUAUCUACUAUACAGAAUGCUUACAACAAUUAUACUCCAGCAGAUUUGGACAUUCUUCUUGAAGAACAUCAACGUGAUGUGUACAUAAAUGAUAUUUAAGUUUGACCUUUUCUCAAGUUAUUUUUUGUAAGUAAAGGAUAUUUUAUGUUACAGAAAAUAUAAACAUAUCUAAAAAA